CGAGGCGCGUUUUUGCGCUGCGCUCUUGGCGAGCCCUCGCCAAGAGCGCCCUUGCGCGCUCCGGGGGAGAAGACGAAGGGGGCACUUCCGUUCGCUCCCACUUCUCGCCAGUCUGCCUCGCCUCCCACUCGUGCUUCGCCCCUCCGCUCUCCCACGCUGAGCUUCUCUUUCUCCGUGUGUGUGUGUUUCCCCCUCCCUCUUUCUUUCUCCGCUUGGACGUCUCAAGGCGACAAUGACCAAGUCCCUGAGCCAGCCCGAGCAGAGGGACUCGGCGGUGGCGCCCUUGCGGGACUGCUCUGACCCGCCGCUCCAAAAGAAGGACGUGGAGCUUCUCCUGGUGAAAGAGCAGAACGGCGUACAGUACACCAGCAGCAACCUUCUGGAGCCCCGCAGCCCGCGCUACAGUCCCACCGCCGCGGAGCCUGAGCGGGAGACGUGGGGCAAGAAGAUCGACUUCCUCCUCUCGGUCAUUGGGUUCUCGGUGGAUCUGGCCAACGUGUGGAGAUUUCCCUAUCUCUGCUAUAAAAACGGAGGAGGUGCCUUCCUCAUACCUUACAUACUCUUCCUCGUCAUUGCUGGGAUGCCCUUAUUCUAUAUGGAACUAGCUUUGGGCCAGUAUAACAGAGAAGGGGCUGCCACCGUAUGGAAAAUCUGCCCACUUUUUAAAGGUGUAGGCUAUGCUGUGAUACUCAUAGCUCUAUACGUGGGUUUCUACUACAACGUUAUCAUAGCUUGGUCUCUGUAUUAUCUGUUUGCAUCCUUCACACUGGAGGAGCUUCCCUGGACGAAGUGUGGCAACCCCUGGAACAGCCCCAACUGCAUAGACCCCAAACUCAUCAAUGCCUCAACAUUUGCCGCUGGAACCACUUAUUCCAAGUACAAGAUAACUCCUGCAGCUGAAUUUUAUGAGCGGAGAGUUUUGCAGCUUCACCUAAGCCGGGGGAUUCAGGAUAUCGGCUUGCCCCAAUGGCAGCUCACACUGUGUCUUGUGGUCGUGGUGAUCACUGUUUUCUUCAGCCUGUGGAAAGGUGUGAAGACUUCAGGAAAGGUUGUAUGGAUAACAGCCACAUUGCCUUAUGUUGUUUUAUCCGUACUGUUAAUCCAUGGACUGACAUUGCCUGGUGCAUAUGAUGGAAUCAAAGCAUACCUCAACAUUGAUUUUAGAAGAUUAAAAGAAGCCACAGUAUGGAUUGAUGCAGCCACCCAAAUAUUUUACUCCUUAGGGGCUGGGUUUGGGGUCUUAAUUGCCUUUGCCAGCUACAAUAGAUUUGACAACAACUGCUACAGGGAUGCCCUGAUGACCAGUACGAUCAACUGUGUCACUAGCUUCAUCUCUGGAUUUGCCAUUUUUUCUAUACUGGGCUACAUGGCACACGUAUACAAAGUCAAAAUUCAAGAUGUAGCCACCGAAGGAGCUGGAUUAGUUUUCAUCAUUUAUCCAGAAGCUAUUUCAACCCUUAAGGGAUCAACUUUUUGGGCAGUGGUGUUUUUCAUAAUGUUGCUUUCACUGGGUAUUGACAGUUCUAUGGGUGGCAUGGAAGCUGUCAUCACCGGCUUAGCAGAUGAUUUCCACAUCCUAAAAAAACAUAGAAAACUUUUCACAUUUGGGGUCUCCUUUGGCACCUUCCUCAUUGCUCUCUUUUGCAUAACAAAUGGUGGAAUCUAUGUACUGACUCUGUUGGACACAUUUGCUGCUGGGACGUCCAUCUUGUUUGCUGUUUUAAUAGAAGCCAUUGGCGUCUCCUGGUUUUAUGGUGUGGACAGAUUCAGUGAAGACAUCCAGCAAAUGAUGGGCUUCAAACCAGGCCUCUACUGGAGACUUUGUUGGAAAUUCGUGAGCCCUGCUUUUUUAUUGUUUGUGGUAAUAGCCAGCAUUGUCACUUUUAAACCUCUGACCUACGAUGAGUACGUCUUCCCACCCUGGGCCAACUCUGUCGGAUGGGGGAUAGCAUUGUCUUCAAUGAUCCUUGUGCCUGUGUAUGCCCUCUAUAAAUUACUGAAGGCGCGAGGGACCUUUAAAGAAAGACUAGCAUAUUGCAUCACACCUGAGAAUGAACACCAUCUUGUAACAGAAGGGAAUGUGAGGCAGUAUAAGUUCCAGCAUUGGGUAUCUAUAUGAUUAUUAAGAAAAGGAAAGCCAGGCCAUUAUAAAGAUAAAUUGGGAAUACCUGUGAAGUCAGUGACAAAGCUCUCAAUCAUGCUUGGUCCUGGCAGGCUGGCACACUCCGAAGAGUAUCUCCAGCUUUCUUUGGGCGAAGAUUCACCAUUCACACCCUAUCACACAAUCAUUCAGUUUGUCAAAUGAACUUCCCAGACCAUUCAUUGGUUUUUGUUUAAGGUUUACAGGGUGGGUGGGGAUUAACGCAUAAGUUCUCAGUGUGCUGAUCUUGAUCCUGACCAAAGGAGUCAUCUUUGCUAAUGACUGAAGCAAAAAUUGGGGGGGGGGGAGAUAAAAAUCAGUGUUCAGCUAAAGGGUGUCUUAUCAGGGGGCAGAAAGAUCAACAACAUAUUUCAAAUGCUUGUUUCAAAGGGAGAAAAUAGGAAGGUGCCUUAUACCAAGUCAGAUCAUUGAUCCAUCUAGCUCAGUAUUAUCUACACUAACUGGCAGCAGCUCUCUAGGGUUUCAGAUAGGAAAUAUUCCGAACCCUACCUGGAGAGUCCAUGGAUUAAACCUGAUACCUUUGAAUGCAAAGCAGGUGCUCUGCCCCUGAGCCACGGCCUUCUCCCUUUAAAGUACGUCUGGCAUUGGUCUGACUAGAUAAAAUCCUAGUCUUUGAAACAGGUAUGUCCAUCUGCAAAUCUACAUUUGAUUGUGAAAUCAUAGACCCCAGUCCCAUUGUCAAAUGGCCCUUAGCAUCAAGAUGUCUCCCCCCCUCUCAUGUUCAGUCAAGUGGGUGACUUGCUUAGAUAGAACUUUGGAACACCCCCUUGUCAUUUCUGGUGCGAUGCUUUUCUCAACAAAGGUGGUUGUCUUAGUUGCACAUAUCUGCUGUUCAUGGAAAGUGGCCAGAGUUGGAAUUAGGUUCCAAGCUCUUGGGGCCAAACGGCAGAGAAUCUCUCUCUCUCUCUCUCUCUCUCUCUCUCUCUCUCUCUCUCUCCCCGUGUGUGUGUGUGUCUCACUGGGCAAAAUCAUUCCCUAGUAGUUCCUGUGUUUUCUACACAAGUGAAAGUGGAAGACCGGAGAGGGGGGGGGAGAGGGAGAGAAGUAGUCAAAUACUCUUGCUAUGCUUUGUUUAUACUUUGUGCAUAUAUAUAUCCCAAAUUCAUUAUGCUCACGCACACAUAAAAUAAAAGACAUCACCAGCUGGCUGCAUGUCAGAUGUGAAUAUGGUGGCUCCUCUGAAUGGGUUGACCUAUUCCACAAACCAUCUUGCCAGUCCUUUAUAACUGAAACAUAUAAGUGCUCCUUGCUGAUAUACCAUGAUCUAUCUAAAUUCUAAUGAUCUUCCGCAGAAGCUAGAAAGACAAAAUUUGGCUGGUAAUUUUUUUGGAGGGGUGAUGAUCUGAAGCCCCAGUAUUUAAGAAUGGAUAAAUUCAAUAGCUUUUAGGGGUUUUAGUGUAUGUCGUAUAGGAGCCUCCCAAAACCUGGUGGCUAGAAUGUCGGAUUUGAUGAAUGUGGCAAUCCCAAGGUCAUUUGGACAAAUCAUUGGCCUAGUUCUCACUGAGAAAGUAAAGCUGUGCAUGGGCUCUACCAAUUUAGGCUUUUGUUUGGGGGUUCACAUGGUGUAAUGGUCCACCAUACCGCCCCCAGCCAAAUUUCUAAACAAGAUGCUUAUCAACCUUUUUCAGCCCAAGAACUACAUUCUUUCAUGGACAACCUUCCAGGAACCACAUCCCAGGGGCAGGUAGCAACCUGAGGAAAGAGUGAGUGGAGCAAUGCAAUUGGCACAGUAGGCUGCAGUCAAGCUACAUGUAUAUACUUUUCAGAAAGGCAGCCUCACAACACACAGUUCUCCAUCCAGGAAAGCAAAAGGCAUGCUCACAUCAGGGACACAUUCCAGCCAAGGGAGAUAUGGAGCAGGGUAAGCGUAGCUUGGGGAGAAGGAGGAAUAGAAGGACAAUGCCUAGGGAAAGUCCAGUAGCUUUGAAGUUCCAACCGAUAGAGACUCUCUCAAGCCUUUCUGCCUACAACCUCUUCCUGACUCCCGCUUUCUCCCUCUUUCUCCUCCUUGCUACCACCAACAGAUCUUAACUAUCAGCAUUCUACCUCAGAAACUUCCUUCUCCCCCACCUCUCCAGCCUCAUUUCAAGUAGGUUUUCUCCACCGCCACCCAUAAUAAGUGAAGCCAGGCUUUCAGAAGUCAUUUGCCACAGAGGAGGGGGAAAUGUUGCCCUUAUGUGGAGCUCUGUGAGCAUUUUGGCUCCACUGCAUACCCUUCUACACAUCUGCCCAGCAUAUUGAUUUCAUUUCAAGAAGUCCAAUAGCAAGAAGUCCAUCUGACCCCAGUGUGCCUUAACAUCAUGAUAUGCUGUUUAGCAUUAGCAUGACACCCACACCAAAUCAGACUGUUGUGCAAUUAAUGUACCGCAAACACUUUGAGUGUAGAUGAUUUAUGAAGUAAAGUAACCCAGACAAUACAAAUCUUCAUUCUUCACUUCUCUAUACAUUGCUUUCAUUGUCCUCUCUUUUCAUCUAACAUCCCCUUGAGAGUUAAUGCUUUAGAUCUGAGGAACCAUCAAACCUUUUACAUGAUUUUUUAAAUACAGUCAUACCUCGACAUCUGAACGCUUCGACUUCCGAAGGUUUCAACUUCCGAAGGCGACAACCCCUGGAAGUAUUUUCGCUGUGCAUGCCUGGCACGCGCGGUCGGCACAUGCGCAGAAGCGUGAAAUUGCACUUCGCGCAUGCACUGACCACACACUUCAACAUCCGUAAACCUCGACUUACGAAGACAGCCGCAGAUUGGAUCGUCUUCGUAAGUCGAGGUACCACUGUACACUGUUGUUAUAUUAGUGCUGUGCAUGAAGGGCAAUUUGGAACUGGAUAGAAAUAGGCAACCUAAGAAUAACAAGUCACCCAGUUUAAUAUUAAACAAACCUCGUCCACAUGGCCAAGUGCCAACAUUGUGUCUCCCUCUAGCAACACUGGGGAGGGAGGGAGACCAGCUACACUGCUGAAGACAUGGAACAGAAGCUUAUGGUAGAGAAGACCCAAAUAUGCUCAGUCUGGGUCUUUCCAAAGCCAUGUGCAAAUCCCAGUGUUGGACCGAUACUCAUUUGAAUGGAAGAAGCAGAGGCACUUUUGACAGGGAACACCCUCCAAGACCCACCUGCUCUGUUUUGUUUUCCAUCUUUAAGAUGGAUUCUUGGCAAUAAUUUAAUUAUGAGUGUUUCAGCAGGCAGAAGACCAGUAACUUUAUGACUCUGUGAUCACAAAUUGAAGUUAGCAUGAGUCUACACCAAGGCAACAGCUUCCCCUUUGGGACUCAAUGUUUAAUUCAUUGAAGGAG